AUGUUACGUAUUCAAGUGAACGACGAAAAUGACGCCUACUCUUCUAACAUCAAGCAAAUCAAUGGAGACACGCCAUCCAUUAAGAAAAAAGGCCUUAAUAUAGUCAGUCCAAAUGCAGUAAAGCAUCAGAGCUGCUUUGAUAUUGGCUCGAAAAUCAAUGCAGAAAACAGCCUUCUUGAUUGCCCUACGGAGUCCUACUUUCCUUCUUCUGACCACGACUACUCUGAUGUUUUCUGUUUGGGUGGGACUAUGGAAGAUGUUUUUGUUGAUAUCCAUAAAAUCGCAGGAUCUUGGAGGCCUAAUCGAAUGGCAGCAAAUAUUUGUGGUACGGUAUAA